UUGAUGCGCCAUACGAACGACGACGAGUCGCGCACUACGAGUAGGGCGCUGGUCGGCUCCGAACCCCACAAGAAGUCACCACACGAAAAAGAACGACAUUUAAAAAAAAAAGAAACACGUUAAAAAUCCCUUUAAAUAAAAACGAAUCAUUUCGCCGUUGUUCAUUGAUAAACGCGAGUGUUUUUGUUUUCUCUGAACUCAAUAAUAAAAAAAAAAAAACAUUUCUCGACAAGUAGUGCGAGUUUAAAAUUAAGCAACGAAGAGGGAAUUCUUCGAGAAUUGAAGAUAAAAUAAACAACUUCGAUUAUUGAAGAAAAGAGGAAAAUUCGUUGAUUAAAAAAAUGUCGGCUUCUGCUGUAGCAAAAACCUCCAAAUAUUCAUACCGCUCGAGCAGUGGUGGUGGAGCGGCCGAUGUCAGCAUUGAGUAUAGCGCCGACCUGAGUGCUCUCUCCAGGCUCGAGGACAAGAUUCGACUCCUACAAGACGAUCUCGAGGGUGAGAGAGAGCUACGUCAGAGGGUUGAACGAGAGCGUGCAGACUUGAGCGUGCAAGUCAUACAGCUCUCAGAGCGACUUGAGGAAGCCGAAGGUGGCGCCGAGUCUCAAUUUGAAAUUAACAAAAAGAGGGACACAGAAUUAUUGAAGCUCCGAAAGCUCUUAGAAGAUGUCCACCUCGAAAGUGAAGAGACCGCUCAUCUCUUACGCAAAAAGCACCAGGAAGUGGUUGUUGAUUUCCAAGAUCAAAUCGACCAAAUGUCAAAGGCCCGAGCAAGAGCCGAGAAAGAAAAGGCCAAAUUCCAGCAGGAGGUAUAUGAACUUCUUGCUCAAAUCGACAAUGUCACGAAAGAGAAGAUUAUGUCGAUGAAGACAGUGGAGAAAUUAGAAAUACAUGUUUCGGAAUUAAAUGUCAAAAUUGAAGAAAUUAAUCGCACCAUCGUUGAUAUUACCAGUCAUAAAACUCGAUUGUCGCAAGAAAAUAUUGAAUUAAUAAAAGAAGUACAAGAUUUAAAGGUGAACAUAGAAAAUGUCAUCUACUUGAAAACUCAAAUCGCCGGACAACUGGAAGAUGCACGUCGUCGUUUGGAAGAUGAGGAACGACGCCGCUCAUUGGUCGAAGCUUCUUUACAUCAGGUUGAGAUUGAACUUGAAUCAGUCCGAGUCCAGUUGGAAGAAGAAUCGGAAGCACGUUUGGAUCUCGAGCGUCAAUUAGUGAAGGCUAACGGUGAAGUUUCCAUUUGGAGAUCCAAAUAUGAGACUGAAGCUCAAGCUCGCGCAGAAGAAGUUGAAGAAUUGCGCCGUAAAUACUGUGCUCGUAUCCAAGAACAAGAAGAACAAAUCGAAACUCUAUUGGUUAAGAUCAAUAAUCUCGAGAAGCAGAAAUCACGCCUGCAAUCUGAAGUUGAGGUUCUGAUCAUUGAUCUAGAGAAGGCCAAUGGAACUGCUCGGGAACUUCAGAAACGUGUCGAACAAAUGGAGAAGAUUAACAUUGAAAUGAAGUCUCGCCUUGAAGAAACUUUGGCUAUGUACGAACAAAGUCAACGAGAUCUUCGCAAUAAGCAACAAGAACUUCAACGUUGCAACGCCGAACUCGACAAGACUCGAGAACUCAAGGACCAACUUUUGCGUGAAAAUAAGAAACUCGGAGAUGAUCUUAAUGAUGCUAAGAAUCAAUUGGCUGACAUGAACCGCAGACUACACGAAUUGGAACUUGAGCUCCGUCGUCUUGAGAACGAGCGAGAAGAAUUGGCUGCAGCUUAUAAGGAAGCCGAGGCCGGCCGCAAAAUCGAGGAGCAACGUUCUCAAAGAUUGGCCGCUGAAUUAGGUCAACUUCGCCACGAAACUGAACGUCGUCUUGCCGAAAAGGAUGAAGAGAUCGACGCCAUUCGUAAGGCAACAAGUAUCGAAAUUGAGCAAUUGAGUGCACGUGUAGUAGAAGCUGAGACAAAAUUGAAGACUGAAGUACAACGUGUCAAGAAGAAGAUGCAGAUGCAAAUCACUGAAUUAGAAUUAUCAUUGGAUGUGGCAAACAAGACCAACCUUGAUUUACAGAAGACAAUCAAGAAACAAUCUCUCACUUUAACGGAAUUGCAAGCACACUACGAUGAAGUUCAACGUCAAUUGCAAGUAACAUUAGACCAAUUGGGCAUCAGCCAAAGACGUCUACAAUCUCUGACUGCUGAACUCGAAGAAGUUCGCGGCAAUUAUGAAUCUGCCCUUCGUGCAAAGAGGAACGUGGAACAACAAUUCGAGGAAUCAGUCAGUCGUAUCAAUGAAUUGACAACAAUAAACGUUAACAUUGCAUCUUCCAAAGCGAAAUUAGAACAAGAGAUUACAGUUUUGGCCGGUGAUUAUGAAGAAGUGACCAAAGAAUUGAGAGUGAGUGACGAAAGAUAUCAACGAGUACAGAACGAAUUGAAGCACACUGUCGAAAUACUUCACGAAGAACAGGAACGUAUAGUCAAAAUUGAGGCCAUUAAGAAGUCCCUUGAAAUAGAAGUAAAGAACCUUUCGAUCCGUUUAGAAGAAGUCGAAGCCAAUGCCAUCGUCGGUGGUAAACGAAUCAUCAGCAAACUCGAAGCCAGAAUUCGUGACUUAGAAUUGGAACUCGACGAAGAGAAACGCAGACAUUCGGAAACAGUGAAAAUUCUUCGUAAAAAGGAGCGCAACAUUAAGGAGGUCAUGAUCCAAGUGGAGGAAGACUCCAAGAAUGUUGCAUUAUUGCAAGAAUGUUUAGAUAAAGCAUCACAAAAAGUAAGUAUUUACAAGAGACAACUCCAGGAACAAGAAGGUAUGUCCCAACAGAGUGUGACGAGAGUCCGUCGAUUCCAACGUGAAUUGGAAGCAGCCGAAGAUCGUGCAGACACAGCGGAGAGCAACCUGACAUUAAUCCGCGCCAAACACCGUAGCUUUGUCACCACCUCGUCUGUUCCUGGCUCACAGGUUUACCUCGUACAAGAGACGAGGCAGGACAUUUAAUUCGCACAUCCUUAUGAAAUCGUACCCCUGCUACUACAACACAACUUCAUCUCCGCAAACGAAUGAAUAAUCGUUAGGAGGAGAGGUCUACGAAUCAAUGUGGAGCAAAUCAAAACAACAUUUAACUAAAAAAAAAAGACGAAUUAUUUUUUCAUCGAUAUAAUAAGCCACACCAACUGUUGAUUCGAGGUACUUAAUCCAAAAAGCGGAACACAUCAAAUGCAUUACAAUAAUAUAAACAUCAUCGCAUUCAAGAUCAUCAUAUUUUAAUUAAAUUGAUCGCUAAUUAUUUCUUUUAAUUAUUAUUAUUAUUGUUUAAGAAAAUUUAAAGAGAAGAAAACCACCCAUUUGUUCUAUUACACCUACACAAACUUGUAUUUAAAUAAUGUUAAUUGUAUUACACUAUUAGAUAGGGACCUCUAUCCAUACACAAACUCGCUGUACGACAUACAAUAACCUGUGUCAACAUUUAAUUUAAUAAUAAACUGAAACGUGUACGUACGAAA